UUGUUUUCCCUCUUUGGGGUCGGUCGGUACGUGUUCCGAAGAACUUAUUGUUAUUAGGAAGGUAGGAGAUAAAACUGUUUGUUCAGAUUAGAUUUCUUGUUUACGAGUCUUUGUUCGCCCUAUACAAAGCAACUUCCUUUCGGUUAGUUGGGUUGUUUUGUAUACAUAAAGAACUAGAGAAGGAUUUCAAUUUUUGCUAGAUGGGCAUUUAAACCAUUAUAGCAACAGCUUUAAAUGCUUUAUCACAUAAAAAUAAAAUAUAUUUAACAGCUGGACACCACUCGUCCCUUUUUCUUUGUGUGUAUGUGUAAAAAUAAACAACAUCCGUGAGGAUUGUGUGUUUUCCCCGUGACCUAAGCAAUAGCGGAAGAAAUAACCUUUGUUUUUGUUUUGAACGUAUUUGUCCCGGUCUUGUCUUCCACCAUCAACAUUGAGGACGAGAAAUGUUGUUUAUCUCUGCUGUACCGUUGUUGUUUUGACAGCUCUAGGGGGCGGUGUUAAUAAUUUAUGACCACGCGGCAAGAGCUGGUCUUGCGAUAAUCCCUGCGUCUUUUUUUCCACGAAGGGUAUAAAAUCGCUUCAUUGCCGGGCUGCGCCUAUUCGUGGAAGCAUCUUCGUAUUGUGCUCGUAAAUCUGUAUUGUGCACUUCGCGAUGCUUCUCCUUCUGUUCAGUAUUGUUGCUUGCAGCUACCUGCAGGGAACACAAGCCUGCAGUCGUAUCGUGUGUUACUACACCAACUGGUCCCAGUACAGGCCUGACUCCGGAAAGUUUACGCCCUCCAACAUCGACACGUCUUUGUGUAGUCACGUGAUCUAUGCCUUCGCUGACUUGCGGGACGGGCAGCUGGUGGCCUUCGAGUGGAACGACGACGACUCGGAAUGGAGCACCGGCAUGUUCAGCAAAGUCAUCAACCUGAAGAAGAAGAAACCUUCCAUGAAGAUCUUGCUGGCUGUCGGCGGUUGGAACCUGGGCUCUGAGCCUUUCUCCAAGAUAGUUUCCACGAAUGAAAGCCAGACCGCCUUCAUCAACCAGUCCAUUGCUUUCCUGCGGAAGCGUGGCUUUGAUGGUCUCGACCUCGACUGGGAGUACCCUGCCAAUCGUGGAAGUCCUUCUGGGGACAAACAACGCUUCACUUUGCUUGUCACCGAAAUGAGGAAAGCCUUUGAAGAAGAAGCUCAAAUUUCCGGGAAGGAGCGGCUACUUCUGACUGCUGCGGUGGCUGCAGGGAAGGACACCAUUGACACAGCUUACGACAUUCCGGCAAUCUCAAAGGAGCUGGAUUUCUUGAGUGUGAUGACCUAUGACUUGCACGGAGCCUGGGAGAGCUUCACCGGCCACAACAGCCCACUGUACGCAAGACGUAAUGAGACCGGCGAUCAACGUAACCUGAAUUUGGACUUUGCAGUCCGUUACUGGGUACAGAAGGGAGCGCCAAAGGCGAAGAUGAACGUUGCUAUGGCAUUGUACGGCCGUACGUUCACACUGGCCGACUCCUCCAACUAUUACCCCGGUGACCCGACCAUAGGUGAAGGUCAGGAGCUCAAGUUCACUAGAACGAGAGGCAUGAUCUCCUACUUCGAGGCAUGCGACAUGUUGAAAAAUGGCGGCAUCAGAGAGUACAUCUCGGAGCAAAAGGUCCCAUACAUCCAUAGCGGCAACCAGUGGGUCGGCUACGACGACCCCGAUAGCUUAAGAGAGAAGGUACGCUAUGUCAAGCGUCAACGGUUAUGGUGGCGUGAUGGUGUGGGCCUUACCCCUGGAUGACUUCUCGGGUACACACUGCCAGCAAGGUCGAUACCCACUGAUGCGAGCGAUUGUCGAUGAGUGUGGGAAAAGCAGAAAAUAGUAUUUAGCUGGAGAGGACUUCAAAACUGAGUGAAUUUUAGAUGGAGCUGUGAAUAAAUGUGUGCUAAAGGUUGGAGGUACUCUACAGGUUUACCUGUAUGGGAAGAUGAACACUCUUUUGAAAAUGGGGUUGGUGGUGGUGGUGGCGGUGGUGGUGGAGAGAUUAACGGUAUUUUGACUUUAACAAGCCAAUCUAUGGUAAGAUGCAGAAAGUGAACUUUUAUUUGUCCAUAAUCUCCAAAAGUAUAUUUUGUCUUAUUUUUGUAUUUGUAACACCUGUGUUCUGUCAUAUUGAUAAUUUCGUAAUUUUGUAAAAGUGAGUGAAUGCAUGUCUAACUGAAAUAAAGAACGAAUUAAUGAGA